GAUGCCGUCUACCUGGGCCAUGAUCCCUGAAUAGAGGUUUGUAACGCAAAUAAGAUGACACGGCUCACUCAGAGCAGAGGCACAGCAGCAAGAAGUGUUGGGGCGCCAGGUCCCCUUCAAUAGUCAAUCAGCUAUAACUAAAACAGUGGUUCGUAACCUUGUUGGCACACCACUUCUUUUAAAAAGAAAUGGAAACGGAAAAUGGGAAUCAAGAAAAAGCAAUGGAAGAGGAAAGCACUGAAAAGAAAAAAGAAGUAGAGAAAAAGAAACGGUCUCGAGUUAAGCAGGUGCUUGCAGAUAUUGCUAAGCAAGUGGACUUCUGGUUUGGAGAUGCAAACCUUCACAAGGACAGAUUUCUUCGGGAGCAGAUAGAAAAAUCUAGAGAUGGAUAUGUUGAUAUAUCACUUCUUGUGUCUUUCAAUAAGAUGAAAAAAUUAACCACUGAUGGGAAAUUAAUAGCCAGGGCACUGAAAAGUUCAGCUGUUGUAGAGCUGGAUUUAGAAGGCACCAGAAUCAGGAGGAAAAAGCCUCUUGGUGAAAGACCAAAGGAUGAGGAUGAGCGGACAGUGUACGUGGAAUUACUUCCCAAAAACGUUAAUCACAGCUGGAUUGAAAGAGUAUUUGGGAAAUGUGGCAAUGUUGUUUAUGUUAGUAUACCACAUUAUAAGUCAACAGGAGAUCCAAAGGGAUUCGCUUUUGUAGAGUUUGAAACAAAGGAACAAGCGGCAAAAGCUAUUGAGUUUCUUAACAACCCACCAGAAGAAGCACCAAGAAAACCUGGUAUAUUUCCUAAGACAGUGAAAAAUAAGCCCAUUCCUGGCCUUAGAGCAGAAGAAAAGAAAAAGAAGAAGAAGAAGAAAGGCCGAAUUAAGAAGGAAGACAGCGUCCAGACCAAAGAGGUGACUGUGGAAACGAGCAACGAGAGCGCCUGUAAAAUGAAAAGAUCGAGGACCACAUCGGAGGGCUCUGAAGUAGAGACCACUGAACCUCAGAAGCCGCCCUCGAAGAAGAAGAAAAAACGGGAAAAAGCCGAAGCAUCUAGCUUACCUUUAGCCAAAACAGGGAAGAGGAAGAGAAGUAGCUGCGAAGAUGCAGAAUGCCUAAUUCCCAGAGCAAAAGUAAAGAAAAUGGCUCAGAAAGAUAACAUUAAAGAAAUGUCUGAGGUUUCCAAAGAAAACAAAGAUUUAGAAGUCUCAACUGAAGAGGAAAAAGAAACUGGAGAUAUUAAAGAUGGAUCCCUCUUAAAAGCAAAAAGGAAGCAUAAGAAAAAACAUAAAGAGAGACAUAAAAUGGGAGAAGAGGUUAUACCAUUAAGAGUAAUAUCCAAGAAUGAAUGGAUGGACUUGAAAAAAGAGUAUUUAGCACUGCAAAAAGCUAGCAUGGCUUCUUUAAAAAAAACAAUAUCCCAAAUAAAAUUGGAAUCAGUAAUGGAAACAGACCAUGGAGUACCUGAUAAGUCUGCGGUGAAACAUGAAAAAACAGACAGUGCUGAGCCUCCCCUCCAGAAGAUGACUGCUGCAGGACCACAGUUUGUGAGUGGGGUGAUUGUGAAGAUUGUUAGCACUGAGCCUCUACCUGGCAGGAAACUUGUCAAGGAUACAUUGGCUGCAAUCUCAGAAGUUGUUUAUGUUGACUUGCUAGAAGGAGAUACAGAAUGCCAUGUUAGAUUUAAAACUCCUGAAGAUGCUCAAGCAGUAAUAAAUGCUUACAUGGAAAUUAAAAAGAAACACUCCUGGGAAUUACAGAUCCUCUCUGGUGAUCACGAACAGAGGUAUUGGCAGAAGAUUUUGGUAGAUAGGCAGGCCAAACUUAAUCAGCCUCGGGAAAAGAAGAGAGGCACUGAGAAGUUAAUCAUGAAAGCUGAAAAGAUUAGACUUGAGAAGACUCAGCAAGCAAGUAAACACAUCAGAUUUUCUGAAUAUGACUGAAAAAGAGUGGUUUACUUCUUCCUAGUUCACUGGCUACGUGAGCUGUUCUUAGGAAAUCAUUUUUUGUUAUGGUAGUAGCGCAUAAUGAAUGUUUUUCUAAAAUCUACAAUUAAAAGAAAUACCUUGUUCCCUAAAGAAAUAAAUACCUUGUUCCCUAAAGAAAUACCUUGUUCCUAGAGACACAUACAUUCGAUCCCACAGUUUUUCUUUUAACAUGUAUUGGUGGAAUUUAUAGAAAUCAACCUCAGAGUAAUGUAGUAAAUAAAUGUGUUUGGAGCAUUAUCAUUAGUUUUGUUGGUUUUGUACUACAAAAACAGCAUUUGUAAAAAAUCAAUACUACAUAAAUCCAGGUUAGAACAAAUGUUUAACUGUGGGCUCUUAACUGUAUUCAGCUACAGAGGUAGGUAGCUUUUUCCAUUUCAGAUACCUUAGAUUUUUUUUUCAUGUGGAUUUAUACAGACAUGUAUAUGUAAUAUUUCAUUCUGUUUAUUGCAGUUUCCCUAUUUGAUCUUCCAUUGAGCCGAUCAUAUGAAAAUGUUACAUAA